AUGGGAAGAGAAGACCUUGUGGUAUUCUCGUGGAUUGUCGACAACAUCGAGAACGACAUUAUUGAGGAUUUCGCACACCAUCAGACAUCGAAAGCCCUAUGGGACAACCUCGCAGUCACAUUCGAAAGCAAGGCUGAUCGGUACAUCAUCUAUGACCUGGAAGAAAAGGCGAUCAACAUUAAGCAGGGGAACAUGGAUCUCGAAACAUAUUACAGGAAAAUCCACGGAUUGUGGAUUAACAUAGAUCGAAGUCAGAAACAACUAAUCAGUUGCUGUGACAAGGGAGUCGAACAAUUCAGAAACUACUCCAACUCGAAGAGACUCAUCAAAUUUUUGACAGGAUUAAAUCAAGAAUACGACUCGAUCCGUAGGGAGAUCUUGAAGGAAGAACCAACGCCAUCAGUGGAGGCGGCGUACGGCUGGGUGAAGACGGAGGCGGCUCGACGGAUAAUCAUGCCACCGACGUCGCCCUCACCCACCGACGAGGCCAACGGUGGAACCGAAUCAUCAUUUGGCGGAGGAAUCAGACAAGGACUUGUCGCACAGAACCAAUGA